ACAGAUGCUGCCAGACCUGCGGCGCUUUUCCAGCAAUUUCUGAACGACCUUAUGUCUCGCAUCGACUUUUAUCAACAUAUGAAGUCUUCAGAGUUGUCGGAAGCAGCACGAAGCCUAAUUAAAGAAUAGAUUUACGAAGAAACUACUGAUUUAUAAGGUGGAUGCAAUGACAUUUCCAAAUGACAGCAAUUGUUUUGUGCCACCAGGGCUGGCAAACCGAGUGUAAAGUCCGAGGGGAACAUUCCUGGCUCGGAACUGGAUGCUGAGGUUGUACAUCUCCACACGGCGCCGUUUGAACAGAGAGAACGGUGCAACCGGAGAAUGUCUCCGGGCGGCGAGAGCUGUUGAAGUGGGCUCCCUCGCCCCGCAGUUGUUGUUUAGUAGUUUCUGGGUAUGGAGGAUGGGCGAUAAGGAGCUGGAAAAAUUCCGGCUGCUGUGGAGAGAAGAGAUUAGGGAGCGGAACCGGGCCGGGAGGGUGACCUGCGGCGAAAGGAGCAGCAAAAAGCGGCGCCAGCAGUCGGACCCGGGGCCCGGUGACCAUGGAGACAGGGAGGCGGUGGAGGGGUCGAGCGGCCGGCAGCGAGCAGGAGCAGCUGAUGAUUAUUUCUACCUGGCCCAGAGCCUGCUGGAGGGCCGGAGCAGCCCGCUCAGAGAGCGCCUGGAAGACGGACGAUGCGGCGGGCGCGGAGGGACAGGGACAGGGUCCGAGGCCUGGGGAGGGCCCCAGGGCCAAUCCACACAGGCCCCCAGCAACAAGAAGGAGAACCUGCUGGAUCAGCUCAUCGAUGACUUGAAUGAAAUAAAUGAAAUUCCCUUUUUUGAUAUUGACCUGCCUUAUGAGCUAGCACUGAAAAUAUUUGCAUAUCUUGGCAAAACUGAACUUGGAAGAUGUGCUCAGGUGAGUAAAGCCUGGAAAGUUAUUGCAGAAGAUGAAGUGCUUUGGUACAAGCAUUGCUUGAAAGCAGGCUACCAGGCAAAGGCAGACAUUGGCGACUUCAUAUGCUGGAAGGCUGUAAUGAGAGAUUCCAUGAAGAAGGAACAAACAUUACAAGCCAACUGGAAGAAUAAAAAUAUACUUAAUUUAUUUAUUCUAAAACCAGCAGACAGUCAUGGAACAGCAAUAGAGUUCCAGGUCAGAAUGGUGUGUGGCUUAAAGGGCAGCUUGCAGGUUGUAGUGUUCUAUGCAUAUGAAGCCUUUAUUCUUCUAGAAGUAAUGGGCUGUGAAGUUAUGAAGCUGCUGUUGAAGGAGCUUAUGAGUUAUUGCGCUGUUGAUGUGUGGAGCACAGUUCUUGCACAGGAACCAGUACAUCAUUAUCAGCACAGCCAGGAGAUACAGGCUGUAGAAAUAGCAUCAGACAAUGCUGUAAUUGCAACUUGCUCAGGUUAUCAAGUAAGAUUAGAAGCCUGUGAUGAGAAAGGAUAUUGGAGGACAGCUCAGCAGUUCGAACUCCAAAAACUGGCUAGCUAUCUUCAACUUGUUCCAGGUGCUCCUCUAAAUACAGAUGGAAGUCAGCCAGUAAUAGCAGCAGCUGAAGAUACUGUUUACUUACUGAACCCUGAUGCAGAGCCAAAGGUACUUCACUCCAUCUAUGGAAAUACAGUGACCUGCCUGGAUGUAUCCACUAAUCAGCUUGCCUGUGGUGUUAAAAGUUUUGGUUGGAUAAUUAGCCACGGCAACAAGCUUGUUAAUAUCCUUCCUGUAACUGGGCGACCAGAAUCUGUAUACAGUGUUCUAUUUUGGCUGUGGUUUAGCAUAUCUCAACUCCUCUCUUUCAGGGUGAGAGUAUAUGACCUUCGGACAAGUAAAGAAGUGAUGUCAUUGUAUGGCCAUCAACUGGGUGUGUCAUCAGUACAGAUGGAUGACUGGAAGAUAGUCAGUGGUGGUGAAGAGGGAUUGGUUUGUGUGUGGGAACAGCGAAUGGGAACCAAGCUCUGGGAAAUGCAUUCCAGACAUCCUGUGCGACACCUACGUUUUGGCACACAUACCCUGGUCACUGCAAAUAUUCCUAAUGAGAAAUGUCCAAGAGGAGCCAGUAUCAUGGAUGAUGAUUUAACAGCUCAUCGUAGGCAUCGAGGAAUUAUUUAUGUCUAUGACUUUUCAGUCGAUAAAUCAGCUUCUGUCUUACCAAUCUGUCGUUCCACCUAUGAUGAAGAUGUUGGCUACAGCUACAACAUAGCACUUUCGAUGCCUUAUGACCAAAUCAAGUGAAUACCUGUCACCUCAUGGAUGUAUUGGUUCCAUUACUGUCAUACAGUAAUUCUGGAAGUAUGCUUGUAAUUGACCUACAUUUUGAGAUGUAAGGAAAUAAUACUUCUCAGGAAAAGGCAAAGGAGACGUCCAGGCCAUUGGAGAGACAAUUGAACCAGAAAUAACCCUUGGUCCUGAAAUCCCCCAAGGGCUUACCACUGAACUUUCAAGGAAAAUAACAUAAAUGAUCAUUUUUACCCAUGCAUCUGUGGCUGUUCCAAUUUAUCACCUAAAUCAUAAUGGGAGAUCUGUCUUCACCUUUAAAUGUUUCUCUUUCUUUUGGUUUCCCUUUUGUGAGAUCGUUGUUUCUCAUGAUGAAAUUUGGAUUAGAGAAACUGAUUAUUUGUAGGGUAAAAUGAAGUCAGGCACUUUGACUACCGACCCAAUUACAUAAUUCACAGGAUGAUCCAUUGUAUAUAGAUAAUGCAGAGAAAGCAGAAGAUAAAACUAUUUUCCACAAAUAGUAUAUUAUUUUAAGUAUUCAAUAAAGCUGCCAUUUGUGGCUGGUGCUUUUCUGUUUGCUUAAAUCACUGUUCUAUCUCCGGUCCUGAAGGUGGUCAUUCAUUUUGGAAUACAGGUUAGAGGAUGGAGCUUCUUUGAUGCAGGGGGAGCAUCCCUGCCUGAGCCAGAUAUUUCGGGUUCAAGUCUCGUUCAGGACUGAAAGGCCAAGAAAGGUAUGUUUAUAAUGCGACUAAACAAGUUGAGUAUCAGAGAUAGUAGGAACUGCCAAUGCUGGAGAAUCUGAGAUAACAAGGUGUAGUUGACUAUCAACCUUCUAACAUAUACCAAUGACAGGCAGUGAAAUUUGGAGCCUCUACCAUCUCAAUUCAUAGCUCUGAACCACAAUAUGCGUGUUGUGAUAGCAACUCUGACUUCUUGCGGAGAGUGGUUGGCUCAGUUGACUGGACCACGAAUUUGGAUCAUAUUAGUGACAGCAGCAUGGGUUAGUCCCUAGUUCUGGCAGAGAUCAAAUUGGGACUUGCUUCCUUGCCUUUACCCAUGGUGGAGUUUGCAGCACUGUGGAUCAGAACUGCCCUCAGGCAGGUAGCUGAGCAGACGGCUUGGGACACUAAGUCAAGUAGAUGGCAGAGGUGAUGGGGCAGAUCAUACUCAUUACCGUCCUCUACUGGUAUUUUACACGUUCCAGGAUAGGUUGAGGGCAGUGCACCUGCCCUUAGGCCAAUUAGGGCCUUUAAGCAAUCCCGAAUAGCCACUUCAAGGCUUCUCCCCACAUUGGGUGAUAUUUUAUUAGCAGCAAGUAGAUACCUCGUACAUGAAUAAGGAAAGCAAAGCCAAAGGAGCAGGAGAUGAAAGGAUUUGUUUUGAUAAAAAAAAAGCUUUUCCUUCUCUUCAGCUACCAUUCUAAAUUCAAAUUGUUGUGAUGGCCUAUUGUGAGGCCUCAAGUUCAUAUAGCUUUCAUAGGCAAAAUAAGUUAUGUUCAUAGUUUAUGCUCGAACUGUUGCAUUCUCUGCUUGUUAAGAGCAUGGAAGGCUGCUGUCCUCUGCACUUACUGCGGUGACUGGACAUGCAACAUUGCAUUAUCAGCCCCUCAGUUCCCCAGCUGUUAGCAUUCAAUAGUGUUUUUGAACAAAGUGUAAAUCAUAAAUUCUCUUUCAUCAAGUGAUAUCCUUGUCUUUGGGUUAUUACUGUUAUAAUUAAAAGAAAUAAUAGAA